CGUCUCCACGGCUAUUGACAGCCAUAUUAAAUAAAGCCCCAGAGAAGAAAAAAAAUUAGUGAAGACGGGUUCGAUAAUCCGUUCGUGCCCGAGUUUCGCCAUUAAAAUUCUCGCAAACCCAAUUCUCCAGAUCCACAAAAGGCCAAAUCUUUGACGAGAUUCUUCGAAAUUUUCACCCAAAAUCUGCUAAUUCCCAUCACCCGAAAAUCUUGAAAGCUUGUGUUUUUCUUUGAAAGAUUUGAAUAUAAGAGCUCGUGUUCGUGUAUUUAGGAUCGUGUAGUUUUGUAAUUGCAAAGAUGAGUUUCAGAGAUGAUACGGAGGAUGGGAGGAACGAUCUUCGGAGACCGUUCUUACACACAGGGAGUUGGUACCGGAUGGGUUCGAUGCAAUCUAGUAUGUUGGGUUCGUCGCAAGUGAUUCGAGACAGUUCAAUCUCGGUCUUGGCAUGCGUCUUGAUCGUUGCCCUUGGCCCUAUUCAAUUCGGAUUCACGUGUGGGUACUCUUCUCCAACUCAAGCUGCCAUCACCAAGGAUCUCGGCUUGACGGUUUCCGAGUUCUCUGUGUUUGGUUCUCUGUCCAAUGUGGGUGCCAUGGUUGGGGCAAUUGCCAGUGGUCAGAUUGCAGAGUACAUUGGUCGGAAAGGGUCUCUGAUGAUUGCUGCAAUUCCUAAUAUCCUUGGCUGGCUUUCCAUAUCAUUUGCAAGAGAUACUUCCUUUCUUUACAUGGGACGGCUAUUAGAAGGUUUUGGUGUGGGGAUCAUCUCUUACACGGUGCCUGUAUAUAUAGCUGAGAUAGCUCCACAAAACUUGAGAGGUGGAUUGGGUUCGGUUAACCAGCUCUCUGUUACAAUUGGAAUUAUGUUGGCUUAUUUGCUCGGUCUCUUUGUUCCCUGGAGAAUUCUUGCGGUUUUGGGUGUGUUGCCAUGUACAAUAUUGAUACCAGGUCUCUUUUUCAUUCCUGAAUCUCCUCGGUGGCUGGCCAAAAUGGGUUUCACAGACGAUUUUGAGACUUCUUUGCAAGUUCUUCGAGGAUUUGAUGCCGACAUUACCACUGAGGUCAAUGAAAUCAAGAGAUCUGUAGCAUCAUCUAGCAAACGUUCUACAAUCCGGUUUGUAGACCUCAAACGCAGAAGAUACUAUUUCCCCCUUAUGGUUGGCAUAGGGUUGCUUGUACUUCAACAACUUGGAGGAAUUAACGGCGUCCUGUUCUAUUCCAGUACAAUUUUUGAGUCUGCAGGGGUUACAUCAAGUAAUGUGGCUACAUUCGGGGUCGGUGCUAUUCAGGUCAUUGCCACUGCAGUAGCAACAUGGUUGGUGGACAAGUCAGGACGUCGGCUUCUUCUUACAAUAUCUUCUGUUGGGAUGACAAUUAGCGUCGUUAUCGUGGCGACGGCCUUCUAUCUGAAGGGCUUUGUAUCAGCUGAUUCCAACAUGUACAGCAUUCUGAGCAUCUUGUCUGUAGUUGGAGUAGUGGCUAUGGUUGUUGCUUUCUCCUUGGGAAUGGGACCGAUUCCUUGGGUCAUUAUGUCUGAGAUCCUUCCGGUGAACAUAAAGGGUCUGGCCGGAAGUAUAGCAACGCUUGCCAACUGGUUUAUCUCGUGGCUGAUCACCAUGACUGCGAACUUGCUCUUGGCCUGGAGCAGCGGAGGGACGUUUAUGCUUUACGCGGUGGUAUGCGCCUUCACGGUGGCGUUCGUGAGGCUGUGGGUGCCCGAGACGAAGGGGAAAACGCUCGAAGAAAUCCAGGCAUUGUUCAGAUAAUACAAAGGGCUUGUCUUUCGCCUUUCAAGAAACAAGAAGCAGAGAAAUCUUGAGUCAUAUAUGAAUUGGCUUAGGACACAUGCAUCUCUUCUUCGUCUUAAUUGUCUACCUUACGUGUUUUAUGUUUUGUCUUCCAUUCCAUUGAUAAAUAAAUUCAGAGGAAAUGUGCUGAUAUCAAUUUAAUAUAUAUAUAUAAAAAAAAAACUUUUGCAACGUAUA